AUGGCACAACAAAUAUAUAAAUUAUUCAUUCGUAAUUUACCAUGGACAGUAUCAUCACAUGAAUUACGUACUUAUUUUUCUCAAUUUGGUUAUGUAACACGUGCAACUGUUUUAUACAAUAAUGAUACAGGUUUAAGUCGUGGUUUUGGUUAUAUUGAUUUUAAUAAACGAGAAGCAUUUGAAGCUGUUAUGUCUCAACCACAACAUAUUCUUGAAGGACAACGUUUACGUGUUGAAGAAGGUUCAUCAAAACGACGUUAUUCUAAUAAAGAUGAUUCAUUAUCAAUGAAUUAUGAUAAAAAACGAGAGAAUAUAAAUAGUCAACAAGAAGAACAAUUCUAA